CUUUAUGAAUGAUUAAAUCUGAUUUUAACUCGAUGAAAUGUUUGAUAAGGUUGUAAACGUACUUAAUUAUAUUGUAAAAUCAUCACUGUAAAUCUUCACGGGAAUGACUUCUUUGUAUGUAGGAAAUCUCCAUCCAGAUUGCGAUGAAGCAACACUCUACAAGAAAUUCUCAGCUGUGGGGAAAAUUCUAAACAUCCGAAUUUGCACAGAUGUUGUCACUAAAAGUUCUCUUGGUUAUGGUUACGUCAACUACAUGGAUCCCGAAGACGCUAAGAAGGCUCUGAAUACACUCAAUUACGAUCUGGUUAUGGGCAGGGCCAUCCGUAUCAUGUGGGAUGACAAAAAUAUCUUUAACAAAUGCCCCAUGUCAGCCAACUUGUUUGUGAAAAAUUUGCACCCUAAUAUUGAUGAAAGGAUACUCUAUGAUGUAUUCGCAAACUACGGCAAUAUAGUGUCUUUGAAAGUAGCCACAGACGAAAACGGACAAUCCAAAGGAUUCGCUUUUAUCCAAUUUGAGAACGAAGAAUCCGCAAACAAAGCUAUUGAUUGCUUAAAUGAGAAAUUACUCCUAGGCCAUCAGUUGUACGUCAGUAAGUUCAUACCCCGUGAUAAACGACUCGAACAAACGUGUCCUCGGUUUACAAAUAUCUAUCUUAAAAACUUCAAGAGCACUUUUAAGGACGAAGAUUUACAAAAACUAUGCGAGAAAUUCGGAACCAUACUUUCUGCCAAAGUGAUGACGGACGAAAACGGAGAUUCGAAAAAGUUUGGAUUUGUUAAUUUUACAGAUCCCGAAUGUGCUCAAGAAGCGAUCCGAGAACUAAAUGGGAAAACAGUUGAUGGACAAGUGCUGUAUGUCGGUAGAGCGAAAAAGAAAUCGGAGAGACGAGCGGAAGUUUUGGCUAAUUUGAAAAAGACGUUUCAUCGUCUAUACAAUCAUGAAAAAUCAUAAAGAUCUCUUAAACAAGCAAUUUAUAUUUUACCUGGCAUAAAACGCUGAUCAGUAAUUUAUUGCAAAUGAGGUGCGUGUACGUGAGUGUAAUUAAAUUGAAUUAAGCUAGA